AUGGACCAGGAAGUGGAGGAUGAUAUGGUGCAUUGUGUGAGAGCACGAGAGGCACAUGAGAGAUUGAUGACCAGUAGAGGAGGGAAUAGGGGGAAUUUUUGGAUACUGAGGGGCAUUGUGUAUCUUUCUUCGCUCAGCAGAGGUAUGAUUGUGAUGAAGGGUGAAGGGAUAAAUGGGUUGCUCAACAUGGUUCCCAAGAAAGCAAAACUCCCUCAGAGUGUUAGCAUAACAAAGUAUCCAUGUUGCUGGAAGGCCCUAUGGGCUCCCAUUGUACAAAUGUCCCAGAUGUGGUCCAGAACACCACCCCCAAUCACACCAUUUCAGUUGGUGUUUCAACCAGGUGGGGACCUAUUGGUCCAGCUGGAACAGCAGGCUCUGUGGUUCAGGAGCAUGCUGCAUCACAAGCUGAGCUUGGGCUGCAGGGAUGACUCAAUGUCUGGUUCCAUGACAUGGAAGAAAUGA